AUGAAGUACACGCCGGAGGUAAACUAUAAUGUCGACCAAAAGGUAUGGAGUGGUAAGUAACUUCCUGAACAUAUCUUAGAGGAUCUCUCGAUUGGCGAGAUUACUUUCCGCGAAAUGCAACGCCAUCCAAAGCUAAUAGCGCAGAUUUCCGAUUCUGAAAGUACCGUACUGACCCGUGAGGAGCUUUUCCUGAAUUCCAAGCGAGUGGCCAGCUAUUUGAGGAACUUGGAACUACAGCAAUCGGAUAUAGUUGGGAUUAUAGCUAGAAACACUACACAUAUAUUUGCUGUAGCCUAUGGUUGCUUCUUCAACGGAAUGCCCUUUCAUUCCCUCAACAUAAAUUACGGGCAUGAAACUAUUGAAAAGCUCUUUGACAUCACGAAACCCAAGAUUAUAUUUUGUGAUGGAGAUGAAUAUGAGAAAGUGAAAGCUGCCACAGAAAAGUUGAAUGUGAAGAUUGUAACAAUGCGGAAUCAUGAGAAGGGUUCCAUAAGUAUUAAAGUGGUUCGCAACACACCCGUGGAACAGAACUUUCAACCAGCACGUCUGGAACAGGGAAACUAUCAAACUUUGGCAAUACUUACUUUGGGAUACGUCGAUGAGGAUGGCUUCCUCUUCAUUGUAGAUCGCAUAAAGAACAUGCUCAAGUACGAGAACAUCAUGUAUUAUCCUCAACAAAUAGAAAAGGCUAUUACCCAAAUGACUGAAGUUUCUGAAGUCUGUGUUUUCGGCAACAUGAAUCCACUCAAUGGAGACGAAGCUGCCGCUGCAAUUGUCAAGAAACAUGGAGCCAAGUUAAAUGCUCAGGAUGUUAUUGACUUUGUGGCAAAGCAUUUAAUGGCCAAGUACUUGCAAUUGAAUGGAGGAGUCUUUUUUGUGGAUGAUCUGCAGCGUACUGCAAGUGGGAAAAUAGAUCGCCGUGCCACAAAAGCUUACUGUUUGGAAAUAUAA